AUGAUACGUGUGGACGGCGAUGUUCGACGUAUUAACCUGCCGCCGCUUGAGCACAAUGAAGUGCAUGGUCUGAUCUACGAGAUCAUGAAUGACAAGCAGCGCAAGGACUUCGAAGAAUUCUUAGAAACUGACUUUUCAUUUGAAGUACCCGGUGUCGCUCGUUUCAGGGUGAACGCCUUUAAUCAGAAUCGUGGUGCAGGCGCGGUUUUCAGAACCAUUCCUUCCAAGGUCCUGACCAUGGAAGAUCUGGGUAUGGGCCAGGUAUUUAAAGAUGUAUCGAUGGUACCGCGUGGCUUGGUCCUGGUUACCGGACCGACAGGCUCAGGUAAAAGUACAACGCUUGCCGCGAUGAUCGACUAUAUCAACGAUAAUCGGUAUGACCAUAUUCUCACCAUCGAAGACCCCAUAGAAUUUGUGCACGAGUCGAAGAAGUGCCUGCUCAAUCAGCGUGAAGUGCAUCGUGACACCCACGGCUUUAAUGAGGCGUUACGUUCCGCCCUGCGGGAAGAUCCGGAUAUUAUCCUGGUUGGCGAAUUGCGUGACCUCGAAACUAUCCGCCUGGCGCUGACCGCUGCAGAAACGGGUCACCUGGUAUUUGGCACGUUGCACACCACGUCUGCGGCAAAGACCAUUGACCGAAUUAUCGACGUCUUUCCGGCUGAAGAGAAAGACAUGGUGCGUUCAAUGCUCUCAGAAUCCCUUAACGCAGUUGUUUCUCAGACCCUGCUCAAGAAAGUUAACGGUGGGCGGGUGGCUGCACAUGAAAUUAUGAUUGGCACCCCUGCCAUUCGGAACCUGGUUCGCGAAGGCAAGGUGGCGCAAAUGUAUUCUGCAAUACAGACCAGCGCCGGCGUGGGCAUGCAGACUCUGGAUCAAUGCAUGGAAUUCGACAAGUUGCUCAAACUCAUGGUGGAGAAAGGUGCUUCGGACCUGUUUAUCACCGCUGGUAAGCCGCCGAUGGUGAAAGUGAACGGCAAACUCUAUGCAGCGGGUAAGUCAUCUUUGUCGCCGGAGCAAUCCAAAGAGCUGGUCUAUGGGGUUAUGAAUCCCGAGCAGCAGGCGACAUUUGAUAAAGAACAUGAAUGUAACUUUGCGAUUAAUACGCGGGGCUUAGGUCGGUUCCGGGUCAGUUCGUUUUUCCAGCGCAAUCUCGUGGGCAUGGUGCUCAGACGGAUCGAGGUGAAUAUUCCGCGGGUAUCGGACCUGGGAUUACCACCCAUCAUCGAAGAUCUGGCGAUGACCAAGCGCGGACUGAUCAUUUUUGUCGGUGCAACCGGCACGGGUAAAUCAACUUCGCUUGCGUCCAUGAUUGGACAUCGCAACGAAAAUUCCAGUGGUCACAUCAUCAGUAUCGAAGACCCUAUUGAAUUUGUGCACCAGCAUAAAGGCUGCAUUGUGACCCAGCGCGAAGUUGGGGUGGAUACAGAUUCUUUCGAAAUUGCUCUGAAAAACACUCUGCGCCAGGCGCCAGAUGUCAUCAUGAUCGGUGAGGUACGUUCCCGGGAAACCAUGGAGCAUGCGUUGACCUUUGCCGAAACCGGCCAUUUGUGUCUGUGUACUCUGCACGCCAACAACGCGAACCAGGCAUUGGAUCGGAUCAUCCACUUUUUUCCCAGUGACCGUCACAGCCAGAUCUGGAUGGACCUGUCGUUAAAUCUCAAAGCCAUGGUUGCGCAGCAGUUGGUGACAACCGUAGAUGGUCAGGGGCGUCGUGCCGCCAUUGAGAUUCUUAUUAAUACGCCUUUGAUGGCUGAUCAUAUCCGCAAAGGUGAAGUACAUCUGCUUAAAGAGCUGAUGACUAACUCGACGCAGCAAGGCAUGCAGACCUUUGACCAGGCAUUGUACAAACUGUAUGCAGAGGGUGAGAUCACCUACGAUUCGGCAAUUGCCAGUGCCGACUCGCCGAACGAUUUACGUCUGAUGAUCAAGCUGGGUGCGGAUUCGAAAAGUAAUCCCAUGGAAGGUGUCGAUCAUCUGUCUAUCGAGGCAGACGAGGACGAAGCUGCGUUCAGUUUCCGGCGGUAA